AUGAAGCCGAGGUCUUCUUGCUCUCCCAGCAUUAGCAGAGCACUGCUCGUGCUUCUGCUAUGCUGCUUGUGCGGCUCCGUCGCGAGGUCUCAGACGGCCGACUCGUGCACCAGCACCACCGCCCUCGCCGCCGUCAGCCGCCUCAUCCCCUUCGACACCUCCAACCUCACCUGCUUCGACGCAUGGACCUCCCAAGGCUUCAUCGUGCGCUACGGGAAGAGCGGGCAGAACAACACGUGGAGCUUCGUGCUGUCGGCGCCGGACGGUGGCGGCUACAUCUCGGUGGGGUUCUCGUCGGACGGGGCCAUGGUGGGGAGCAGCGCGGUGGCCGGGUGGACGACGGCCAGCGGGGCCGGGGUGGCCAAGCAGUACCGGCUGGGCGGCACGAGCCCGGGGAGCUGCCCGCCGGACCAGGGCAGCCUGGCGCUGGUCCCGGGCACCACGCUCCUGGUGGCACAGUCGUCCCGCCUCUACCUCGCCUUCCAGUUCACCGCCGCGCAGCCGCCGCCGCCCUACCUCAUCUACGCCGUCGGCCCCUCGGGCGCGCAGCUCUCGAACAACUACCUCGUGCGGCACCGCAGCUACGCCUCCGCCGCCGUCGACUACGACACCGGCGUCGCGUCCAGCGCGUCCGGCGCCGGCGCGUUCAACACGAAAAAGUGGCACGGCGCGAUGGCCGGGCUCGGGUGGGGCGUGCUCAUGCCGGUCGGCGUCGCGCUGGCGCGCUACUUCAAGCGCCACGACCCGUUCUGGUUCUACGCGCACGUCUCCGUGCAGGGGGUCGGGUUCGUGCUCGGCACCGCCGGCGUCGUCGCCGGGUUCAAGCUCGACGACGACGUGCCCGGCGCCGACAGCCACCAGGCGCUCGGCGUCGCAGUCCUCGUCUUCGGCUGCCUCCAGGUGCUGGCGUUCCUGGCGCGGCCGGACAAGGGGUCCAAGGUGAGGCGGUACUGGAACUGGUACCACCACUACGUCGGCCGCGCCGCGGUGGCCUGCGCCAUUGCCAACGUCUUCAUCGGGCUGUCCAUCGCGCACGAGGCCGCCGCGCUCAGCGCCUUCUACGCCAUCUUCCUCGCGGUCUGGGUGCUCGCCUCGGUUGUUCUCGAGGUCAGGCUCUGGAGGACCGCCAGAUCCAGCCAUUGA